UACUUAAGCAGGGAAGAGUCUGUAAGAAUUCACGUCUCCUGGCCUGCAGAGAAAGCAGAAACAUGAGUACAGCAGGAAAAGUAAUAAAAUGCAAAGCAGCUGUGCUAUGGGAGCUCAAAAAACCAUUUUCCAUUGAGGAGGUGGAGGUUGCACCCCCUAAGGCCUAUGAAGUUCGUAUUAAGGUGGUGGCCACAGGAGUCUGUCGCUCAGAUGACCAUGCGAUUAAUGGAUCUUUGGUCACACCUCUUCCUGCGAUCAUAGGCCACGAGGCAGCCGGCAUUGUGGAGAGCAUUGGAGAAGGGGUGACUACGGUAAAACCAGGUGAUAAAGUCAUCCCACUCUUUGUUCCCCAGUGUGGAAAGUGCAGUGUUUGUAAACACCCGGAAGGCAAUUUCUGCCUGAAAAACAGUAUGACCAAGCCUCGGGGGACCCUUAUGGAUGGUACCAGCAGGUUCACCUGCAGAGGGAAGCCCGUCUACCAUUUCAUCGGCACCAGCACCUUCACUCAGUACACAGUGGUGGAUGAGAUGUCGGUGGCCAAGAUUGAUGCAGACUCACCGCUGGAGAAAGUCUGUCUCAUUGGCUGUGGAUUUUCUACUGGUUAUGGGUCUGCGGUCAAAGUUGCCAAGGUCACCCAGGGCUCCACCUGUGCCGUGUUUGGCCUCGGAGGAGUUGGUCUGUCUGUUAUCAUAGGCUGUAAGGCAGCUGGAGCAGCCAGGAUCAUCGCAGUGGACAUCAACAAAGACAAAUUUGUAAAGGCCAAAGAGGUGGGUGCCACUGAGUGCAUCAACCCUCGGGACUAUGAGAAACCCAUCCAGGAGGUGCUGAAGGAAAUGAGUGGUGGAGGUGUGGAUUUUUCAUUUGAAGUCAUCGGUCGUUUUGACACCAUGAUGGCUGCCUUGUUGUGCUGUCACGAAGCAUAUGGAGUAAGCGUCAUUGUAGGAAUAGCUUCUAGUGCCGAAAAUCUCCCUAUGAACCCCAUGUUGCUGUUGACUGGACGUACCUGGAAAGGAGCUGUUUUUGGUGGCUUUAAAAGUAAAGAUUCUGUCCCCAAACUUGUGGCUGAUUUUAUGGCUAAGAAGUUUCCACUGGAUCCAUUAAUAACCCAUGUUUUACCCUUUGAAAAAAUAAAUGAAGGAUUUGACCUGCUUCGCUCAGGAAAGAGUGUCCGUACCGUCCUGACAUUUUGAGACUAUACACGUGGCUUCACUUGUAGCAGUCUUCCGGCUCCUCCAUCAUCUGAAACAUCAGCCAAACAUCAUCAAUAAUUCUAUUCUUCAGAGAUACUACCAAUAAAUUACACAUGGGGGCUUUCCAAAAGAAAUAAAAUUAAUGUGAAAUCAUUUUUAAGCAAAUGCUUAAAAUUCAAGUAAGAGCCAGAUGAACCAUCAUAUGGGUAAUUGAGUCCAAUAAACCCUCCUUCUUAAUCAUUCUACUCAUGUUGAAUCGUGUCAUCUUUCCCACUGAGGAAAGGUAUUUCUUUUGAGUUUCUGCACUUUUCGUAUCUUUGCCACCCUUAGUCUUUGAAGCCUUAGUCAUUGAGAAAGUCCUCGUGAUACUUAUUCCCCAACAUAUAUGUGAUGGACUAUUGUGCUCCAAGUCCUCUACCUGUACUUCUACUGUCUGUAUUUUCCUUUUUAUGAAAUGCAGCAAAACCCUACAGUAAAAACUACACAUAGUCUGCGAAAGGAUACACUCAGAUUUAUAAGUGGAGAAGGUCCAGAACUUCUAAGUGCAGGGAAUUUCUUAGGGAAAUGUCACAUAUUUUUAAGGUGAAGGGAAGUGUUUUUAUACUACAGUUUCAUACUACCUGUGAUAAAUGUGAGGUUUGAAUAGUAAAUCUGAAAACUGAACUGCUCUUGGAACCAUAUUCCAAAAGUCUAUAACUUUUACUCAAGAAAGUACUUUAUUGGUUAAAUGAUCUUAGUUAUUACAAUUGACUGAAAAUAAGUCAUAAGGUAAUUAAAAAUAAUACGGUGGCUUGAAGUCUAGGGAUGGGAAUAAAGCAGCUGUGGACACAGAGUGUAAAAAGGGUAACUAAGAAAUGGCACAAACAUCCAAAGCAAUAGAUUUUCUAAGUAGAUGUAUAUACACAUAGAGAUGUACAUUUUUGCAAAAAUCUUUUCAAACUAGAACUUUUCUAUUAACUACCAUGUCUUAAGCCUAUAACCCUGGAAUUAAUUCUUUGCACAUGUGAAAGUCUAUGGUCCCCAUUUGUUAGUGCUUUCUCAGGGGAAGAUUUGCACUUUGAGCUUCAUCUCUAAAUGUGUAAUGAAAAGCUUAUUCCUUGAAGGAGCUUUAGCUAUCUUUAAAAGUGUGAUUUGUUUCCAUGUCUACAAUUUGUUUGAUAUCGUGGAAAGGACUCUAGACUUAGAGCAAGUGAUCUACCACUUAUUUGUGACCUUCAGUAAAUUACUCAACCUCUCUAAACCCAUUUUAUCCAUUGUUUUAAAAAAUUACUCUACCAACCCAUUACAGCUUCAUGAAGAUUAGAUGGAAUGAUGCUAGUGAAAAGGCUUGUCAACUAUGAAGUGCCACGUAAAUGUAGGGAACAGUUUAAUUCUUUUGUCAAAGAUACUGAAGGAGAUAUUGAGGGUUAGGGGAGCUUUAAGAAUGUCCCUAAGUUUUCAGAUUGUCCUGACAUCAUGGAACACCACGUUCCCAUGUUACUGGGUGCUCCAAUGUUUUUAUAUUGGUGCUGAUAAUGUGAGAUUCAGAGGGAAAAGAGAUGGUUCUAAAUGCCCAUGUCACAAUAGUGGGCAUAAAAUCCUACUGGUUGCACAGAGGCCUGGCCCGUGAGCCAUGGCCGCUGAGCCUGCGCGUCCGGAGCCUGUGCUCCGCAACGGGAGAGGCCACAACAGUGAGAGGCCCGCGUACCACACACACAAAAAAUUACUCAGAAGUUGAAGUAGAGUAAGAGCAAGUAUGUAUUUAAUAAUUACAUUCUUAGACACAUGACUACUUAAUUCUGUUAACAAAUGAUUAUUGCACAAAUAACCUCUAUUAAGUAUUCUCCAAAAAUGUGAAAUUGAUCAUUUUAUUGAAGUAUAUCAAAUUAUAUUUAUCUGUCAAAUACGCAGCAAACAUUCAGGAAAUGGACCAUUGCAUAGGAAGAGAAACCAAAAUUAGUAUGGCAAGAAUAAAACUAGAGUGGGGGCCCUAGAGGCCAAACACCAUUUUGAUGAAAUUUUUUGUCAUAUAUGUCUACCUGGUUUACUCAUUUCCUUCACUUGGGAUCCAAGGGCCAGAAGAUCAUCUUGCACAGCCCUACCACAGUCAUCAAAAGAACCCAGAGGUGGCUGAAUAACUCGUAAACAAAACUAACACAUGAGCAAAGAGACAGUAAAGCAUCUGGUUUCCUUUUCCAGUCUUGCUCUUUGAGGUAUUUGCCAUGUCAACAAAUAACUCAGUAGAUUUAUUAGGAACAAAAGCAAGUCAGAAAUCAUCAGACAAUUCUUAUCUAAAAAUGAUGUUUAAAGACUACCACUCAGGACUUCCCUGGUGGUGCAGUG